AUGCUUUUCGGGAUACUCUUUUUCAUCCUCGUCAAUGCUGUCAACAUUGAUCUUAAGAGAAGAGGAAAUGGUAAAAUAGGAGAUUUUUGUGAUUUUGAUACAGAUUGUGCGAAUAAUAUUUGUCGUACAGCUUUCUUUAUAAAACCAAACACAUGUCAACCAACCGAUAAAAGGCCAACUGAUUUUGCUUGUUUUGAAGAUGCUGCAUGUGCAAGUCUCCAAUGUAAAUUUUGA